CGAUACAUAUGUGUACACGAGGUCUCACGAUACAUAUGUGUACACGAGGUCUCACGAUACAUAUGUGUACACGAGGUCUCACGAUACAUAUGUAUACACGAGCUCUCACCAGAAAUCCAGGUAAUGUGUGUGUAAAAAUGGUGAUCCCAACAUGGAGAUUCAUUCAUAAUCCGAUUUAUUUGAGAGAGUUGUUGACAUGUUACGUCUGUAGGGUAGCUGUCAUCAACAACCUUAUGUAGUUUGUAUGCUUAACGGAGUAAAAUGCAAAAAAAAUUUGCACUGCUUAUUUUAUUUCUGAAAAUAUAUCAUCAUUCUUCUAAAAGCCAAGGGACUACAUGUGUAAAAAAGUAAAUAAACUUUGAACUCAAAGAAUUCAUGCUUUUUUGAAUGCAAUGAAAUAGUAUGUGUUUCCACACUGCAAUAAAUUUGGAUGGGGUUAAUUCCAGACACUGGCUUACUGAUAGAUAAAUAUAGAAUGCAGUCACAGAGAAUUCUGCUGCAGAAUUUUUUAUAAAUUAGAAUAUAUGUAUUUUUAAUGUGGCAUUUUGUGUUUGCAUGAGAUUGUAGUCGGCAGCAAUAUUGACAAAAUAUACUUAGUCAUGGACUAUGUAGAGCAUGAUCUGAAAAGUCUGAUGGAGACAAUGAAACAGCCAUUCCUUGUUGGUGAGGUAAAGACUCUGUUGAAGCAGCUCCUUUGUGGGGUUGAUCAUCUCCAUGACAACUGGAUCAUACAUCGGGAUCUCAAGACAUCUAAUCUUCUUCUCAGUCACAAAGGCAUACUCAAGAUUGGUGACUUUGGUCUUGCCCGGGAAUAUGGAUCACCUCUUAAACAAUACACACCUAUAGUUGUCACGUUAUGGUACAGAGUGCCCGAACUUUUACUAGGGUGUAAGGAAUAUGCCACAGCAAUAGACAUGUGGUCAGUCGGUUGUAUAUUUGCCGAAUUCCUGAUGAUGAAAGCGCUUUGGCCAGGGAAGUCCGAGAUCGAUGAAUUGAAUAGAAUAUUUAAGGUAAAGAGUUCUUUAUUGGUAUCUAGCAUAAAUUUUUACGUCUUUUAUUGUACAAUAAAUAUGCUUUCCUACCCUUAGAUAUAGAAGUCAAAAUGAAUACAUCUAAUACGUCUAAUGAGAAACCUUACGAAUUUCUCACUUAUAAUGCUAAUGAUAAUGAUACGCUUUAAUGACAUAGCAGGUCUUUUCCUCACUGGCUUGGGAUGGUGUCUUUUGUCUCUUUUUGUGAAGAAAAUUGGUGAAUUGGAAAAGAUUUUUUCAAAAGUAAACA